AUGGCGCCAAUUUCCCCCGCAGCAGAAGACGCCUGCCCGCGGACAUGGGACGGCUGGCAGUGCUGGCCGGACACGCCCGCCGGCGCCUUCGCCCGCCGCCCGUGCCCCGACUACAUCUACUACUUUACUCGGCCGCCCACGUGCCCGCGCCAGGCCUACAAGCAGUGCAGUCGAGCGGGGACGUGGUACGUGGGGCCGGGGGGCUCUGAGUGGAGUAACUACAGCACCUGCAGCACACUCGCCGUGCUGCAGACCCGAGUGAAGACGUUUGCGUGUGCCUCGUGUCGUCCUGCACAGGAACCUCUUCCUGAGCCUUCUGCUCAACUCCACGUGGUCGCGGCCUUCCUCGCCGUGGUCAUGCUGCGGGAUGACCGCCACUCCCGCAUCCAGAGCAAUUCCCUAGGCUGCGUUGCUUUACUGCUUCUAACAAAAUUUUGCCGCUUGGCAAGCUACAUGUGGAUGUUCUGCGAAGCCUUUUAUUUGCACAAGCUUGUGGCUUCGGCCUUCGCUGAGCAGCGCAGUCUCUUCGUGUACUAUGCCAUAGGAUGGGAUUCAGAUAUCAUAACCCAUUGUUUAAAACCUCCAUAA